CAAUUCCAUGCACUUCUCAUCAACCGUUUCAUAACAUUCUAAAUGGCUUCAAACAGAGUUGUUAGUAUUGUUUUCUUUGUGUUGUUGGGUGUAGCGAUAUCCUCUGCUGCAAGGACGCUUCUAGAAGCUACCAGCAACCAUCCUAAUGCUUACGGCGGCGGAGGGUCUGGUGGUGCCGUAGCCGACCACGGCGGCUAUGCUAGUGGUGGAGGAAGUGGUGUAGGAGGUGGGGCUGGAUAUGGUGGGGAGCAUGGCGGCGGAGGUGGCGGCGGAGCCGGCAAUGGUGGUGGUGGAGGAGGUGGAUAUGCUGGUGGUGGGGAGCAUGGUGCUGGGUAUGGGAGUGGGGGCGGUCAGGGAGGAGGCGGUGGUGCCGGUGGUGGUGCAAGUGGAGGUGGAGGUGGUGGAGGAGGAGGUGGAGGUGGCGGUGGCAGUGGAGGAGGAGGAGGUGGUGGGGGACAUGCAGGUGGGUAUGGUGGCGGUGAAGGAGGAGGUGCCGGAAGUGGAUACUCUGCGGAUGGAGGAUAUGGUGGCGGAAGUGGACACGGAGGAGGAGGUGGAGCGGGAUCAGCUGGGGGAGCGGGAGCCGGUGGUUAUGGUAGCGGCGCAGGCGUUGGUGGUGGUGCCGGAGGGGCCCAUGGAGGGGGUUAUGGCGGUGGCGAAGGAGGGGGAGCUGGCGGGGGCGGCGGAUACGCCAGUGGGGCUGCAGGGGCAGGUGGGGGAGGGUAUGGGAGUGGGGAAGGGGCUGGUGGUGGUGGGGGAGGAGGAGCUCAUGGAGGAGGUCAUGGAGGUGGUGAAGGAGGGGGGGCUGGCGGGGGUGGUGGAUAUGCUGGUGGGGCUGCGGGGGCAAGCGGAGGAGGGUAUGGUAGUGGGGAAGGUGUUGGUGGUGGUGUUGGAGGAGCUCGUGGAGGAGGUUAUGGAGGUGGUGAAGGAGGGGGGGCUGGCGGGGGCGGCGGAUAUGCCGCUGGGGCUGGGUCUAUUGCCGGAGGUGGCGGACACGGUGGUGGAUCCGGGGCUGGUGGGGGCUAUGCGGGUGGGGAAGGGUCGGUUGCCGGAGGUGGUGGGCAUGGGAAUGGCGGCGGUGCUGGAGGAGGUUAUGCUGGUGGUGGUGAGCAUGCGGGUGGAUACGGUGGAGGCUCCGGCAGCGGUGAAGGCGGCGGUCACGGUGGCUAUGCCCCGUAGAAGUAUUCUUGGGGUACAUAGUUACCCAGAGAUGCGUAAUUAUGGUUAUUGAUGUUCAUUCUAAAAAAAUUGAUAAAGAAUAUGUUUGUAUGUUAUGUUGCUUAUUAAAUUUUGAUACAGGUGCUGUACUUGUGAAGAUGUAUUAUGUCGUGUCAAAUAUUAAUGAAUCAAAUAUUUUCUUAAA